UUUCAUUCUCCCUUUCAUCUGAACAAAAAGAGAGAGAGAGAUGGCGAGGUCAAGGAGGAAGUACAAGAACUCGAGGGCCAAAGUACGCGUCGCUCUCCCCAAGAAGAACCCAAACAUCUUCAAACCAGCUUUCAACUUCCCUCCCAAGCUCCGAGCUCUCAUGGCCGACGACGUCCCCGAGUGGGACGAUCAAGCCAGCGUCAUCCAGAACUACAAAUCCUUCGGCGUCAUCUCCAACCCUAACUUGCUCGGCAUCCGAUCUCGCACCGACCAUAUGAUCCAGGACGACUCCCUCAACGUCCCCCCACCUCCUGAGCCGCAUACCGAUGAUCCCGUUGCCAAGGAGUUCGAGCCCAUCGAUUCCGGUAGCGAGCUCGAGGAAGACGAUCUUAAGACAGCACUGGGUAAGCAAAGAAAAGAUGGAAAGAGUGCUCCUUUACAGCCACUUACUACUAUGCAACGUACUCAUAUUAGACGCUUGGUCGAGAAACAUGGUGGUGACAUUGAGUCCAUGUACCGGGACAGGAAGCUAAACUCGAUGCAGCAUUCGGUUGCAACACUACAGAAGCUGUGCACAAGAUAUCACAUGUACAAGGAUAAGAACCCUGUUUUAGUUCCAUUCUGAUGGAAAUUAAUGUAUUACAUCGUCUUUCUCUCUUCUGCGCUCAUUUUUCCGUCUAAACUUACAACAACAACGUUAUAACAAUAUGCUUAUCCA